CGACAUUCAUCGCUUCUUAGACCACAAUGAAACUGCUAUCUAUCACCAGCUCGUCGUCCUUCAUCGUUUCGUCUCCCCUGGAAUGUCUCUUGAGGAUGUAGUCGAAGGUGGACGCGACCGGCUGGACGGCAUCAGCACAUGGAAGGAGCUUUGUAGACGAUGCGUUGCGAACGAAUGCAACUGGUCCGGUCGUGGAUCUGUGACCGAAGGCGGAUACCUCUCGUACAGUUCGGAAGUCCGCUGGUUCAGGGUCGACGAGCUGGAACGCACAGUCCUCGCGAUCACAGAGACUUCUCCGGAUCGGACGCUUUCCGUGCGCGCUCUCGAAGACGGUAAACUGCUUUGGAGUCUACCGGCGGUAAACAACCUCGACCUGUCGAACGGCUGCCUCUUACUGUGGCGCAACAACGGCGGCAUAGAGGUUUGGAAGCGCGCGAACGAUGUUGUGAAGGCCUCAACGCCCGUAGCAAGUCCCCUUCGCGAGCCGUCUCCCCUCGCCGCGACAGCCUCCCAGCUCAAGCAGUCGCCUUUCGCCUUGGACAAGCCCCGAGACCUUCGUGGCGUCUACCUUCCUCAUGCCUUCCUCCCGUCAUUCACCGGCGCGCCGUUCCGUAUCGCCCGGCUCAAGGCCCCGUUGCUCGCCGCCGUUGACAUCGAGGCCGCGCACGUCGUGCGGCUGUACGAUGUCGACCAGGGUGUUCUCCUCCGCUGCUUCGAUCUUGAUGUCAUCAUCCAUGACAACGUCCGGGACCAGCAGCCCGCACAGUUCGUCCUGCUCGACAUCGACCUAUCCCCAGAGUACCUUUGCGUAUGCUUCGACUCCGUGGUCGUCGUCGUGCCGCUGUACGACGACGGGACCGGUGGGCCCUCGGCAGGAAACAAGACGCCUGCGUUCGUGUACGUGGAGGAUCAAGGCCCGUUCGAGGUCCAGCGGACUGUGCUUCAGCUAUCCAAGGACGCAGCUGAGGACCUGUCCUCCGGCGAUGGUGGGAUCGUCCUUGCAGACAAAUACGUCAGCGCCGUAAAAGUGUCUGGAGCUGACGCCUUAGAGGCGCAUAUAGCCGUUCCACCGCCACUACAGACGACUGAAGAAGAGAGCAGGGCCCUAAUCCGACCCGGUGCGCGAUGGACGUCUGGCCUUAUCUCAGCAAAAUUCUCUCCGGACGGCCGCCACCUGAUCGCAGGGACGGUCUUCAGCCUACUGUAUCUCUUCCCCGACUUCUCACGCGUCCUGCGCGGCACCACCGACUGCGCCAACGUCGUGCAGAAACUUAACAUCGGCGAGCCCGUCCGCGACCUACUCUGGGACGUCCACCCGCAACGAGUCGCACUCCGAACGGAGCCCGGCGACAUCUACAUCGUGGACCUCAAUCCGGGCUACUACAUGGAUGUAUGCGCGCCGCCAGAGGCCGCCGUAUCAUUCGCGCGCGCGCGGCUUCUGCGCCUCCGCGACUUCGCGUCGCUCUACGGCACCUUAUCUGGGAACAUGCAGAUGGAUGCCACCAGGCUCUGGUUCGUGUGGGACGUCGCACAGGUGCACGAGAACGUGCAGAACCGUGUCAAAGAGCAGGGAAAGACGCUCACGUACGCCCCGAGUGCGGACGGGAGGCCGGCUCGCCAUUAUAACGUUGACGAGAAAGUUGUCACCGUAUGCUUUGUUGAUUUUGCUGAUAGAUUCUGAGGUGUAGUUUGCUUGUCGC